CUAAGGUUCUAACAGCGCCAACAGCAACAAAACAGUUCCAAAACAGUUCAUCUAUCGAAGGAUUCUGCAGCUCAACAUGCGCUACGCUCUGCUCGUCGUAUUCCUGUGCGCUCUCAUGUUCGCCAUCGCCUCGGCUGGUUUGCUGGGUGGCGGCGGCGGCGGUGGGGGCUACGGUGGUGGCGGUGGACACGGCGGUGGUGGCGGCGGCGGUAAAGGCGGCUGGCAGAAGAAUGGUGGAGGCGGCGGCGGUGGCUGGCAAAAGAGCGGAGGAGGCGGCGGCGGUCAGGGUGGAUACGGCGGUGGUGGCGGCGGCAAGUCCCUGGCCGGCAAUCGGGGCAGCUCGGUGUCCUGGCAAGGUGGUAACGGAGGAGGUGGCAAACACGGCGGAGGCGGCGGUGGUGGCGGCUAUGGAGGCGGUGGCAAGCACGGCGGUGGCGGUGGAGGUGGUGGCAAGCACGGCGGUGGUGGCUGGUAAACCACACUCCAGAGCCACAGCAACGAGAACUCCAAGACGAAACGAAAUGUAAAUACUCCGGCUGCUCCCUCGGCUGACAUGUGUUCUACGGCGUCUAGACAUAGAGCUAGAGGCAAUUCCCACAAGUGCUAUGACUAACGUUUUUUUUUUUUGCUACCUACCUAGUUGUACCCAAAGUUUCUCAAUCCUCUCCCAUACUUUAUGUUUAUAUGUACUAAUAAAGAAAUGUUCAUUUUGCUAAAA